AUGGCUGACAAGGACAUUGAGAAGUACCUCAAGCAGACGCACGACCGCGUCUUCGAGAACAACCGCCGCUGGGCCGAGGAGAAGAAGAAGCAGGACCCCAACUUCUUCGAUCUCGGCCUGCUGAACCCGUGGCUCCGUAACAUUCGCGACGUCUACCGCCUGCACGAGGCCGAGCUCGACACCAUCAAGGACGAGGAGGCCCGCUACGACCGCCUCGUCGAGCUCAAUGUCAUUGAGCAGUGCCGCAACGUCAUCAAGACGGCCGCCAUCCAGCAGUCGUACGCCAAGAACAAGUUCCCCAUUGUCCACGGCUGGGUCUUUGGCUUCAACGACGGUCUUCUCAAGGACCUGAAGAUCGACCACGAGUCCAUGCUCCACGACAUCCAAAAGCUCUACCACCUCCCCGACGCCGACUUUUGA